AUGCCGUCCGCAACAAUUGAUUGCUCAGGCAACCAAGGGAUCGCAAGCAAACAUGCACCCUCGCCUUCUAUCCCGGCCAUGUGGUCCCAGAACCAGCAGCAGCAAUCGCUUGUACAAGAAGAACACAAGUAUGAUGAGCAGGAAUCGACACAAGAAGCACAGAGACUCAUUCGACAUGCGUUGUUUGAUGAAGAUUCGAAGUUUCAGGAACUCAUAACCUUUGUAGACUCUGCCAACAACACCAAUGGGCACAAUACCUCUUUCACAAGUUGGGAUCAAACCAGACAGCAGUACCUUGAAGCCUUCAUGAAUGCACCUAUAUUCACUUUGGGUGUGGGAAGGUUGAUACAGUCUGACACGGAGGACGCUACUAUGGACGUGAUUCCGCAAUUUGGAUUGAUGGGCAUUCGACUUGAUGCCCAAGAAGCAUUUCCAAAAGACAGACUUGUUCUGGCCAAUAUGAAUACUCCAUGGUCGGCUUUCAUCUGCGGAUCUCAAGGCGCUGGAAAGAGCCAUACGCUCAGUUGCCUCCUGGAGAGCUACAUUGACAGCAAAAGUGGCACUGGCAGUCUUCCGAAACCCCUAGCUGGAAUGAUUAUGCACUACGAUAACUUCACCAACGACACUACUACCCAGCUAUGCGAAGCUGCCUAUCUCUGCUCGGCUGGGAUUCCAGUCAAGGUCCUCGUCUGUCCCUCAAAUAUCUGGACCAUGAAACGUCUCUAUAGAGGUCUUCGAGGUCUAGCGCCCAACUCGAAUCAACCAAAGGUCAUGCCUCUCUACUUGACGACGAAUCAGUUGAAUAUAUCACGAAUCCUUAAGCUGAUGGCAGUAGACCCAAGUUCAGACAAGACGCCCUUAUACAUGGAGGUUGUGAUGAAUAUCGUUCGACAAAUGGCGAUGGAGGGCCCGAAAUUCACAUAUCAUGAGUUUCGGCGGCGUCUUUCAGAGAUCAAAUGGGCUCCAGCCCAAGAGGGCCCUCUAAAGAUGCGAUUACAACUACUGGACACAUUCCUUGCACCAUCACCACUGACCGAAUACACCCGACCGGCGCAAGCCGACGAAGACAUCUGGGCCUUUGCACCAGGCUCCGUGACAAUAGUCGACUUGAGUGAUCCAUUCGUGGCAUCCGAUGAUGCUUGCGCAUUGUUCUCAAUCUGCCUGUCUAUCUUUAUGGAGGACCGUGGUACCUGUGGCCGAGUCGUGGCUGUAGAUGAAGCACACAAGUUCCUUGUCCAGACGGGCGAAGCACGUGUUCUCACGAACGAUCUCAUCUCCGUCAUUCGCCAGCAGCGCCAUACUGGAACCCGUGUUAUCAUCGCAACCCAGGAUCCAACACUGUCGCCUGAACUCAUUGAACUUUCCAAUGCGACCUUUGUCCAUCGCUUCUUGUCCCCUCGGUGGUAUGAAAUAUUGAAGAGGCAUCUGGCUGCCGCGACGGAUCAAGAUUCUCAAGCCCCAGGCACGCUAUUGGAUACAAUCGUCAACCUCGGCAUCGGCGAGGCAUUGCUAUUCUGUCCAACAGCCCAGUUGGACACGCAAGUCAAUGGAAUUGGCCAAGAAGUUCCGAAAACUUUGGGCAAACGCUAUGUCAAACUGCAGAUCCGAAAGCGGGUUACUACCGACGGCGGCAGGAGUAUCACGUCAAUGGAGUUGGCACCGGAAAAGAAGGAGGAUACCGACGAGGAGGUCCCCAUGCAUAUUGUUGCCAAGGUGGGCACAAAAAUUGAGGGAAAGGCUAAUCCUGUGAAAGACAAGGCCGUGAUCGUCAACGGAAAGGUUGACGUUGUGAAAGACAAGGCAGUGAGCGUCAACAAACCACCGAAGAUUAUGCCCACGAAAAAACAGACCAAGAAAGCCGCCCGGAGCCAGGUUGAGGAAAAGGGCCAAAAGGGCUGGGGUUUACUCGAAAACUUGCAGCCGCUGCAAAGGCGUCAACUUUACUCGGAUGCGGAGACCUCCCUCAAUGCCAUUGUAGGGAUACUAUCCAGCCACAGCCACGUAGGGUUAAGAGCGGCUUUUGAUGAGGAGUACGACAUUCGAAUGACCUCUUACCUUGCCCGAUGA